AUGCAAAUGAAGAAGAUAAAGCUGGAAAUUCAUCAAAAUCACAGAAAAUUGUCAAUCAAUUCACUUCCAAAUGAUGUUUUGAUUGAGAUUUUCCAAUAUUUCGAUGAGAAUUCUUUAAGAUCUGCUUUAAAUGUUUGUCAAAGUUGGAGUGAAAUAAUCAAAUCCUCCUUAUCGCUAUCUAAAGAUUUAACAAUAAAAGUUCAAGAAUCAGUCAAAAAUGAUAAAAAUCUCUCAAUUCACAUUCCAAUUGAUGGCCUCAAAUACAGAAAACUUCACGUCAAAGGUCCAAUAAUUAAUAAUUCAAACUAUUUUGAGUUGACUGAUCUUCUGCACAAGUAUGGACACAAUUUUCAGCAUUUGAUUCUUGAAGAUUUUACAUGUGAUAAAAAAUUAUUUGAGAAAUGUCAAAAUGUAUCGAAAUUAAGAGUUCUUAGCAACUGUAAUGAGGAGUUUGUAUCAAGUUUUGAGAAUUUAACUGAACUAAUUCUCAACAUCGGUUCUUUAAGUACAAUCAAUAACUUUAAGCAACAAACUGUCCAGCUUAAAACGUUCAAACUUAAAUUAAAGCAAACAACUGAUCUCAAUGAAAAGGAAUGUCAAAUUUUGUACAAUUUCGUUCUUAGCCAAAAUAAGUUUUUGAAAGAAUUAUCAAUAGCUGGAGUUCCUAUCGACAGUCAGUUUAUUAAAGAAAUAUUUACAUUUGAAAAGUUGACUAAAAUUGAGUUGGAAAUUGACAAAGUUGAAGCUAAUCAAAGCAUUAUUAAAGAUCAACAUUGGAGGACUUUGAAGUUUAAGAAUCCAAAUUUAUCUUACAAAAGUUUCAUUUUAAAUGCUGCUAGUUCCUUUUCAAGUAAGUAGUUUGUGGAAUGUUUCCUAAAGCUAAGGACUCAUUUAAAUGAAGCUUAAUCAAAUGAGGUUCCCCUUAAACUGUGGAAAUUUGGCUCAUUUUUCCCCUAGUCCUUUAAGGGGCUCGUAUAAUUUAGGAGGGGGGUUGCAAUUUUUGACAAUUCAACCAAUAAAAGAUGGGAUGCGAGCAGUCAUUAACUCCUCAUGUUAGAGCCCUAAUGAUCGAGAGGAAGACAACAUGAUGGGGAAAAAAUUAUUAAUUCCCGACAAUUUCUCAUCAAAAUUUUUCCUCAUAAUAUUAUGUUCCCCUUGGCUGUGGUUGAAAAUUAAACUUUGCUGUCUUUUCACUUUUCAGAUAUUCAAACCUUAUCAGUUUCUUAUUAUGAUUCAGGAUCUUCACUGCCAUCAUCAAGAUCAAUUUUUGAAGAACUUUCGAAUUUUAAAUCUGGAUUGUUUACAUUUAUGUCGUCCAAAAACACCUCAGAUUAUUUUACAAAUCUCCAGGAACUAUCAAUUAAAAGAGUCGACAACGAAUCUCAACUUAAAAACUUGACAAAAAUUCUACUAAAUUGUCCAAAAUUGAGAAUUUUAAACCUCAACUUAAUCUCAAAUCGAGCGAAAUUGGAUCAAAAUUUGAUUAAAAUUGUGAAUUCUUGUAAAAGUUUAGAACAACUUCAAAUCAAUUCAUAUUCAGACAAGCUUGACAUCUCAUCAGACACCUUUGAUACCUUAAAAUCUCAAACCACAAACCUCAAAAAAUUGACAAUCAUAGUUGCACCUCAACAACUUCAAGAUAUGAAACUUAAAGCUAGAAAACUGAUAAACACAAAAAUCCAGACAAUCGUGAUGAAAAAAGAAAUUCAUCGGACAUGUUUGGACAGUCAUGAAAGGAAUCGUGAUGAAAGUGAUGGAAUUUGUAUUUUAAUUAAGUGAAUUUAAUGCCUGAAUAGGACAAGUCAGCUGAUAUCGUAAAACGAAUCAAAGUAAACAGGCUCCAAAGGGCAGGACAUGUAUUAAGGAGACCUGUGGAAGCUCCAUUAGUAAAGGUUUUCAAGUCUGACUUUGUAGAUGGCAAGCGAGCACGUGGAAGACCAAAGAACUCGUGGAAGGAGGCUGUUGAUAGAGACAGCAUUGCAUUUGGUAUAGGAAAUUGGCAAGCGGUAGCCAGCGAUAGAGCCAGCUUCCGGCGACAUUUGAGGGAGGCCAUGGAUCACAAUUGAUCUGUACGGUCAACGAAGUAAAGUAAGUAUAGGACAAGUCGGUUAAUCGAAUGGAAAUCGAACACCAAUCUGUUGUUACUCUGGCAUGGGACUGGAUUUGAAUCGAAGCCAGUACGACGCCAGCUUUGUGCCAGAUUCCUAUUCAAUUAACCGACUUGUGCUACUCGGAUUGGCCACAAUAGAAGCAGUUUGAUUAUUUUUUUGGUAAUUUUCAGACUAAUUGAUCAAGUAAUUGUUAUUUGGUCCUUAGAACGAUAUCCAAAGUAUACAGAAAUUCAAUUAAAGUUCACUACUCGGUCAAAAAAUCCUAAAAUCUUUCAUAACCUUAAAAACUUGUCCGAAACCUCAAAUCUUCUUCUUCUUUGCUGGCUGUCCAGAU